CGUCUCGUGCUUCCGCAUCAUAGUAAGUUCUGUGUGCGAGACUUUGGCGGAGACCUGGCAGCGUAUGAAGGUGGAAUACUCCGGACUGCAGGAUGGUGGAGAGCCGCUUGUCACCUCAGGUUCUGACAGUGUGCAGGAGAAGAGAACUGGGUGGACAGCCGGACCAUCUACGUGGGGCACAGGGAGCCCCCUCCUGGCACAGAGGCCUACAUCCCGCAGAGAUACCCAGACAACAGGAUAGUCUCCGCCAAGUACACAUUUUGGAACUUCAUACCCAAGAACUUGUUUGAACAAUUCAGAAGAAUAGCCAACUUUUAUUUCCUUAUCAUAUUUCUGGUACAGUUGAUCAUCGACACACCCACGAGUCCCGUCACGAGUGGACUUCCACUGUUCUUCGUCAUUACCGUCACAGCUAUCAAACAGGGUUAUGAAGACUGGCUUCGCCAUAAAGCAGACAAUGCCAUGAACCAGUGUCCUGUCCAUUUCAUUCAGCAUGGCAAGCUUGUUCGGAAGCAAAGUCGAAAGCUAAGAGUUGGGGACAUCGUCAUGGUCAAGGAGAACGAGAUCUUUCCCUGUGAUCUGAUCUUCCUUUCCAGCAGCCGGGGAGAUGGGACGUGCCAUGUCACGACCGCCAGCUUAGACGGAGAAUCAAGUCACAAAACGCACUACGCAGUCCAGGACACCAAGGGGUUCCACACCGAGGAGGAGAUCGACGGGCUGCACGCCACUGUCGAAUGCGAGCAGCCCCAGCCCGACCUGUACAAGUUUGUUGGUCGAAUAAAUGUUUACAAUGAUCUGAAUGACCCUGUGGUAAGGCCCCUGGGAUCAGAGAACUUGCUUCUUAGAGGAGCCACACUCAAGAACACUGAGAAAAUCUUUGGUGUUGCUAUCUACACAGGCAUGGAAACCAAAAUGGCAUUAAAUUAUCAGUCGAAAUCCCAGAAGCGAUCUGCUGUAGAAAAAUCUAUGAACGUAUUCCUCAUCGUGUACCUUUGCAUCCUGAUCAGUAAAGCUCUGAUCAACACUGUCCUGAAGUACGUGUGGCAGAGUGAGCCGUUUCGAGAUGAGCCGUGGUAUAACCAGAAAACCGAGGCAGAAAGACAGAGGAAUCUGUUCCUCAGGGCGUUCACCGACUUCCUGGCCUUCAUGGUCCUGUUCAACUACAUCAUCCCCGUGUCCAUGUACGUCACCGUCGAGAUGCAGAAGUUCCUGGGCUCCUACUUCAUCACCUGGGAUGAGGACAUGUUUGACGAGGACACCGGCGAGGGACCGCUGGUGAACACCUCCGACCUGAACGAGGAGCUGGGGCAGGUGGAGUACGUCUUCACGGACAAGACAGGCACCCUCACGGAGAACAACAUGGAGUUCAAGGAGUGCUGCAUCGAAGGCCACGUCUACGUGCCCCACGUCGUCUGCAACGGGCAGGUCCUCCCGGACUCCUCGGGCAUCGACAUGAUCGACUCCUCCCCUGGCGUCAGCAGCAGGGAGCGCGAGGAGCUGUUUUUCCGAGCUCUCUGCCUGUGCCACACCGUCCAGGUGAAAGACGACGAUGACGUGGACGGCCCCAGGAUGUCGCCCGGCUCUGGGAAGUCCUGCGUGUACAUCUCGUCCUCACCCGACGAGGUGGCGCUGGUCGAGGGUGUGCAGAGGCUGGGCUUUACCUACCUGAGGCUCAAAGACAGUUACAUGGAGAUACUCAACAGGGACAGUGGCAUCGAGAGGUUUGAAUUGCUGGAAAUUUUGAGCUUUGAUUCAGUGAGGAGAAGAAUGAGUGUAAUUGUAAAGUCUGCUACAGGGGAAAUUUAUCUGUUUUGCAAAGGAGCGGACUCAUCAAUAUUCCCCAGAGUGAUCGAAGGCAAAGUCGAUCAGAUCCGAUCCCGGGUGGAGCGAAACGCAGUGGAGGGGCUGCGAACUUUGUGUGUUGCCUACAAAAGGCUCAUCCCAGAAGAAUAUGAAGGCAUUUGCAAGCUGCUGCAGGCUACCAAAGUGGCCCUUCAAGAUCGAGAAAAAAAAUUAGCAGAAGCCUAUGAGCAAAUAGAGAAGGAUCUUAUUCUGCUUGGUGCUACAGCUGUGGAGGACAGGCUCCAGGAGAAGGCCGCUGACACCAUCGAAGCGCUGCAGAAAGCCGGGAUCAAGGUUUGGGUUCUCACCGGGGACAAGAUGGAGACGGCCGCGGCCACCUGCUACGCCUGCAAGCUCUUCCGGAGGAGCACGCAGCUGCUCGAGCUGACCACCAAGAAGAUCGAGGAGCAGAGUCUGCACGACGUGCUGUUCGAGCUGAGCAAGACCGUCCUCCGCUGCAGCGGGAGCCUGGCCAGAGACAACUUCUCAGGACUUUCAGCAGACAUGCAGGACUACGGUUUAAUUAUUGAUGGAGCUGCACUGUCUCUAAUAAUGAAGCCCCGAGAAGACGGGAGUUCCAGCAACUACAGAGAGCUCUUCUUGGACAUCUGCCGGAACUGCAGUGCGGUGCUGUGCUGCCGCAUGGCGCCGCUGCAGAAGGCCCAGAUUGUGAAAUUAAUCAAACUUUCGAAAGAGCAUCCUAUUACUUUAGCCAUCGGCGAUGGUGCGAACGAUGUCAGCAUGAUCCUGGAAGCCCACGUGGGCAUAGGUGUCAUUGGGAAGGAAGGCCGGCAGGCUGCCAGGAACAGUGACUAUGCAAUACCGAAGUUUAAGCACUUAAAGAAGAUGCUGCUUGUUCACGGGCAUUUUUACUACAUCAGGAUAUCUGAGCUUGUGCAAUACUUCUUUUAUAAGAAUGUCUGCUUCAUUUUCCCUCAGUUUUUAUACCAGUUCUUCUGUGGGUUUUCACAACAGACUUUGUAUGACACUGCGUAUCUGACGCUGUACAAUAUCAGCUUCACCUCCCUCCCGAUCCUCCUGUACAGCCUGAUGGAGCAGCACGUCAGCAUAGACACGCUCAAGAGAGACCCGUCCCUGUACAGAGACAUCGCCAAGAACGCACUACUCCGCUGGCGAGUGUUCAUCUACUGGACGUUCUUAGGACUGUUUGAUGCUCUGGUAUUCUUCUUUGGUGCUUAUUUCAUGUUCGAAAAUACAACAGUGACCAACAAUGGACAGAUAAUGACUACCAGCACACACAUGAUAUUUGGAAACUGGACCUUUGGGAUGCUUGUGUUCACGGUGAUGGUGUUCACAGUCACGCUGAAGCUUGCGCUAGACACACACUACUGGACCUGGAUAAACCACUUUGUCAUCUGGGGGUCACUGCUAUUCUACAUCGUCUUUUCCCUGCUCUGGGGAGGAAUCAUCUGGCCAUUCCUCAACUACCAAAGGAUGUACUACGUGUUCAUACAGAUGCUGUCCAGCGGGCCCGCCUGGCUGGCCGUCGUGCUGCUGGUGACGGUCGGGCUCCUCCCCGACGUCCUCAAGAAAGUCCUGUGCAGGCAGCUGUGGCCGACGGCGACAGAGAGAGUCCAGAGCCCUUGUCCCACGGCCGCCCGCCGGGGCCCCCACCCUCAGGAGGUGGCGUUCACGUUCUGGAACAGCGAGGAGUACGCCACGCUCCCUCCCACCCUGGGCCCUGCCCAGGGCCCUCGUGGUUCCAGCCUGAGUCGCGGCUGCCCUGGGUCCGGCCCGGAAAUGCCGGUGUGAUGGACGCGCCUUGGCCCGCCCUCAGAGCUGAGCUCCAAGUGUCCCUGUGUGCGUGUGACUCUCCUGGUCCCCAGCAGGCAGGGAGGGGUCACAGACCUUGCCCUUGGGUGCAGCCCGCUGGCUGUCACUACUCCCACGCCUGGCGGCUCCCAGCCUUCAGCUCAACUUCAGAAGGGACCAGGGCGCCUGCGCAGCCAUCCUUCCUGCGGCUGUGGAGGCCGCCCGCCUGCGUGUCUGCUCCCUCUUCAGCGUUGCUGCCCCAGGAGGAGGGCCGGCGCCUGGCCCACUCGGCUGCCUGGGCUGUCGCAGGCAUGGCGGAGCUGCCACCCGGUGCCUGUGGCACAGGAGAGCCGCAGCAGACCGCAGGCGGUCGUGUCUGCCCCACCAACACAAUCCGAGACGGGCUUUCCCUCGGGUCACAUCUAAGCCACCUGACCCAUGUGCUGGGGCUGUCUGAGGGCCUCCCUCCCCCUUUGACCACAACCGCUGCACCGUGAGACGGCCUCGGCAGCGGGGCACAGGGAGGCCGUCUGCCACACGUGAGGACGGAGUGCCCGUCGCCUCGGCCUGGACCUGUUUGCUGCAGGGGUGUCGGCAGGGCGGUGGUGUGGGGUGCUUGGCUGUGAUGGGCAGACACCCUCUGUCUCCACAGAGAGGCGGCCCCAGCGGUGGCGUGUGCAUCCAGGAACCUGCUUCCGGCUGACGGGGCGGCCCCAGGAUGGCCAUGAGGUUCUGACAAGCACUGUCACCCGGAGACCGCAACCUGCAGCUCCCCACGCCUGGUCUGCGCUUCCCACGGGGCUCUCUCUGUCUCGGGACUGUCCGCUGUGUAUGCGGGUGGGUCAGCGGUCAGAAGGCUGCUGCGUCUUGAAGUUCCUCUUCCUUUCCGUGCCGGUGUCUCUAUUUCUAGAAACCAUCUCUUUGACGUAGCCUUAAUGGUCUAAAGGCAACAUUUCAGUGUGAGAUUCAGACUCCGGACAUUUAACUGAUGCUUUCUGGAAGAGCAUCUCCCAGACUCUGACGGAAGGCCAGCGCCUCGCCCGCAGCCAGGCGUCCUGCCCUGAAGCCGGGCUCUGGCGCUUGAGCUGGGUCUGUUUCUAAGGACUUGGAAGUAGGUGUUUUUGGAAGUUCAGAUUUCACCAUUGGAUUAAUAUUUCACUGAGAAAAUAUUUAUUUGAAGAGGGGACAAGUCUACAGCAAGAACAGCAAACACAGCAGUUGGGGUAUAUCGAGGUGACGUACGAGCACCACACCAAAGAUUAGGAUGGUGCGUGUGUGGUUGGCACAGAGGAGGGGCGCCCAUGCCUGCCUGCCCUGGCGUCCCCUCCACCCGCGUGUGCUGCCGUGCUUGGUGCCCGGCCCACGCUGACCCCGCCAACAAUGGUAUAUGCGUUUCUACAGCCCUUUUUAAGCGCCCAAUGUGGGUAUAAAUGUAAUACCUGUUGGGGGGCAGAUUCUCUGUAUGUUCAGUUAACAAAUUAUUUGUAAUGUAUUUUUUUAGAAAUCUUAAAAUUGCCUUUGCACUGAAGUAUUUUCAUAGCUGUUUAUAUCUCUUUUAUUCAUUUAUUUAACAUAUUGUCUAAUUUUUAAAGUAUGUUUUUAAAGCUUUCAUUUUUUAAGUUUAUGAAAUUUUGGCCACCACAUUUAAAUUCUGAUGUGAGUUUUGGCUGAAUGUUUCAUUCUCAUGAAUGUGAAUUUUCAGAUCUGAUUUUAUUCUCCACAUACACCUCCUUGUUUUGUGGUUUCUGGUGCAGUGAUUAGUUGAGCAGCAUGUUUGGAAUACACUAAUUUGCUAUGCUUUUUCUUCACAGUUUGUUGUAAUUUCAUCAGGUUUUUUUAAAAACUUAAUCCCCAGUGUGAUUAGCUUUUUGGUUUUUGUUUUUAAUGUCCAUCCUUCAGCCUUAAAAAUAGAAGAUUCUUGCUUGACAGUCUAGUGAGCUGCACCCCAGUCCUGCCUGUGCCGAGACAGUACCAUUUACCUCUGGCGACACCCGUCUCAGUGUCAGAGUCACUACACUUCACACGCUCCGAAAUGUCUUCCAGAAAAUUGGGCAGUUAUCAAAUGAAUGUGCCUGAUCAUUUUAAAUGGACAAGUGGCACAAGAUGGAAAUAAAAGUAUUAGAACCACCUCAGUGAAGUGACAUUUCAGAUGCGAUUUAAUGCAGUUUUCCACCUCAUAGUAGUUACUAUUUACUUGCCUUAAACUAACUUUGAAGCAAGUAGUGUCAGCGUCACAUUUCUUAGUUUUGAAACUCCUACUCACUACUGCCCAUGUGAAUAAACCAUUAGCUGCAUUGCCCCGUUGUCAGACCUGCCCUGACGCAGACCGUCCCACACGCGUGAGGGCCUGCCGCAUCCAUGUUCUCCGGCUGUCAGCUCCACAUUUGCUCAUGCUCCCACCCACUCACACUCAUGAAGCUCCUUCGCACAUACGUGUGCAUGCUCCAUGUCCUUCACGGCACCCUGCCUCCUUCAGGCCCUGUGAGGAGCCUCUGGCUGGGCAGGGAAGGUAGGGCUCCCCAGACUCCCACCCAUGGAAUAAAGAGGUCCCUCCUGGCAGGACGGCCAGGUCUGUGCAGCGUGGCCAGGGGCUGCUCUGGGGCGAGACUCGGCGCCCUGGAUGAGGCCCUUUCUCAAGGGGAGGUCUAGCUCCCCUGAGCUCAGCCGUGAGGUGAGGCGGGCACAGCAGUGUCUGGCCAGCUGAGGCAGGGUGUCCCUGGGACCCCAGUCAUCCCGUUCCUGCGUGUCUGAAUGGAUGCAGUGAGCAAGCCAGCCACACACCCACGGCCCAGCACCCCUGCCAUCCUGGGAUGUGGUGCCAGCGCCUCCAGGAACAGGAACAGGCCCGGCGGGCGGGGUUUGGCUCUGUGGCUGUGACUACAGGCAGCCAGGCUGCAUGGAGCUGCUGCGCACUGGCCGGGUGUCCCGGGUGUCUGAGGGAGGCUCCCCGAACCACAAAGUGUGUUUUGCGCUGACUAGCAUUGAAGUAUUGCAACCACUUUUGUUUCACCUUAAAAUGAUUUAUUUGAGGACUCGGUGUAACAGCCUGGUAUGCAGCAGGCCCUUGCAUCCUACAUUGCUUUUGCAAGUUACCCAUUUGUUAUUUGCAAAACAGGAAAAAUAUCAGUUGGCAAAUGCAAUCUUUUUUUAAGCUAGAGGUGGGUGAACAGGAAUUUAACUCUCUGAUAUUGUAUCUAUAAACAGCUUUAAUGGAGGUAUGUUGGAAGUGUCAGGAAAGUGUCUACUUUUGCAGAAAAAUAUCUAAAGAUCAGUUUAUAUAGCUUUAUUUUUUAUCUUAUCAAAAGUAUACAGAAUUUUAAUAUACAUAUAUUGUCUCUGACUGAAAAUUAUGUGUCUGCAUUACCAUUUAAAAUGUCUAUUCAUUAUGUAUUGUAAAGGAAAGAAUCUUCAAAAAUGUAUUUAACAUGAAUGGUAUCUGUAGUUGUCAUUAUCAUACAUCCUGGAAUUUAUUUUUAAAUUAUUAAACAUAGUAGGUGCAUUUAACAUAAGUCAGCCUCUAAACAGCAAUGUUUAACUGGUAAUUCAUUAACCUGCUUUGAAAAAUUAAAUUGUGAAUUAAACCAAAUCUGACAUUUCUGUAAAGUUUAUUUUGUAUGCUUCUGUUUUUAACUUUUUAUUUCUGUAGAUAAACUGUGACUUGGUAACAUUAGUUAUAUUGGACUUUUCUGUAGAUUGUCUAAGCAAGAGACCUGAGUCUGCUUGCAGUAAAGAAACAAAUCUGCUCUAGCUUCUUUAUAAA